UGCACCGCACCGCCCGCCAUUUCUAUUUAGUCGUGGACCGUGGUACUACAAUGCCGGCUUCCUAUUUCUAUUACUUUUCUGAUAAGAACUGUGCUAUUUUAAGUUAGAACUAGCACACGAGUACAAUUUUCAUUGUUUUUCAUAUCUCCCGUUACCUGAUAUCCGUCGAACAUAUCGCAACCCAGAAAAAUGAAGCAUAUAUACAAAUACAGCCUCAGCCUGCUCUUAGCGUUAGCUGCAUACGGGACUGCCUCGAAAUUCAUCUUUGACAAGGUGUUUGAUACAACAGAAAUAGUCAUUGAUGAGUUAUUCCACAUCCCACAAGGCGUGGCGUAUUGUGAACGGAAUUUUACACAAUGGGACCCCAAAAUCACGACUCUGCCAGGCUUGUAUUUAGUGUCCGCUGCCUUCCUUGGAACAUACUUACCUUGCGACACAUACCAUUUACGACUAGUCAACUUAGUCGCUUCAUGUGUAAAUCUGCUGCUAUUUUCCUCAAUAUUAAAGUUUGUUUAUGGAAGCAACACUGAAAGCCAGUUUAAAAUAGUAUUGCAAGCAUUUAAUUUAGCUAUCCUUCCACCUCUGUAUUUCUUUUCACAUGUGUAUUAUACUGAUACUCUAUCACUUACAUUUCUGUUGGCGUUUUCUCGGUUAUGUUUCACAAGUCAACAUAAAUUCUUCAUUUUAGUCUUCGGUCUGUGCAGUGUUAUGAUGCGUCAGACGAAUAUAGUCUUCGUAGCUAUGGUGUUAGGUCACAAAGUGCUAGAUAUUAUGAUUAAGAGCUCAAGAGUAUUCGGCAAUAAGUAUUUAACCAAAACUUUGUUGAAUAAAAAUUCUGUAAUAGCUCGGGAUGUUGACGCUUCCAAGUUAAAACGGUAUUAUAGUAUGAACGAUGUGUUUCUGGCAUUAGGGUACCAUAUAACAACAUGUUUUGGCACAUUUUUCAAGUUCCUAACGAAACAAGACUGGUUAAUAAUACUUACACAUGGCGUAACUCUAAUUUCGUUUGUAAGCUUCGUUUAUAAAAAUGGUUCAAUAGUUGUCGGUGAUAAAAACGCCCACGAAGCGAGCUUGCAUUUACCUCAAAUGCUAUAUUUCCUUUUAUUCUACGGUAUCUUUGGAUUACCGUAUCUUGUAGCAAACUUACCAUCAACUUUGAGACUUAUGGCGAGAAAUAAAACUAAAAUAGUACUAUUCGGGAUUCUUUUUGCUAUAAUAGUACAUUUUAAUACUGUGACACACCCGUAUUUACUUGCUGAUAAUCGCCAUUAUACAUUCUAUGUAUGGAACAGAUGGUUUGGGAAAUAUGCAUUUGCGAAAUAUGCGACCAUACCCAUUUAUAUAUUUCUUCUCUUCAGUUUGUAUGAUAAUUUAAAAGACCAAAAUUGUAUUUCUUUUCUUUUGCCAUACACUAUUAGUUUAUUUUUAGUGGUAGCGUUACAGAAAAUGAUUGAAAUUAGAUAUUUCUUAGUCCCAUACAUAGUUUUAAGAUUAAGAUUUAUAAGACCUACGUAUAGAAUUGUUAUAUUUGAAUUUGUAUGGUAUUUGAUUAUUAAUGUUGUUACGUUUAAUUUGUUUUUCCAAAAGGAGAUAAUGUGGAAAGAUUUUGAUUAUGCGCAGAGAAUUAUAUGGUAAUGUUAAAUAAUUAGGUAUAGAUAUAUUUGAAUUUAUUUCUUUAAAUUAAUACACCUUAAAUUCUUAUUUUAGGUUAAAUGGGGAUACUUCUGUAUUUAGUUUUCCAAAAAUUGUAAUAGACUAUCAUUUUCAGUUAAGAUUUAAUACAAUUAAAGCAGUAUGUCUAAAUGUCUUAUAUAAAAGGAUUUUUUUUUUUUUUUUGAUCUGGUUUUUAUGGAGGCUUUGGACACUCUAGGUGAACAUGUCAGCCUCAUGGGUGCUAUCAUAGUUCCCUACUCAAGGGAGAGGUCAAUAAAGUGGUAAACACUGAUUGCUUUGUCCGUGAAAAGAUAACCUGCUAGUCAAUCAGUGCUAACCCGUUGUACUUACGUGCGUAUUUUUUACAUGCAAUUAAUGUUCCCAUCCUCCCACCGCAAAAAUAAAUAUAACAAUAACAAACCACCACCAAAAGAACAAUACUCGACACGUGUUUUGCCUCUACGAGGCAUCCUCAGGAGAUGUUGACGGUCUGACGCCCGGCAACGGAAUGACCUGACUAGAAUGGUAUUCAUUAUAUAAAAGGAUGUAAUUAGGGAGGUGAUUUCAAAAAACUACAAUAUAAGACGCACUUAUAAAUUUCAUUUAUUGAUAAAGUCAAGGUAACAUGAUGCUAUAGCAGAAUAAUCUGUUUAAGUAAAUAUAGUUAGUCAAGCCAUUUCAGUCAGUAGAAAAAAGCGGCAAAUUUAAAAAAUGUAGGCGCGAAUAAUCGUCCCACGGUCCCAUAGAAAAUUUGAAUUUCGCGCCUUUUUCUACUGACAUAGUUGUUUGACCGGCUAUAGAUAGCUCUUUAUUGAUACACCUCAGUAAAAGAUACAGCUUAAAGAAAAACAAUUAGGAUUAUAUGGGAGUUUUCAGAAAAAAGAGUACCGUUUUUCGAAAAACUAACAGGUUUUGGGUUAUUUCGACUCAGUAUCAAGGACUACUAAUUAAUUAUCAUCUUCCUCGCGUUGUCCCGGCAUUUUGCCACGGCUCAUGGGAGCUUGGGGUCCGCUUGGCAACUAAUCCCAAGAAUUGGCGUAGGCACUAGUUUUUUACGAAAGCGACUGCCAUCUGACCUUCCAACCCAGAGGGGAAACUAGGCCUUGUUGGGAUUACAAGGACUACUGGACAAGGUUGACUGGAAGAGAUCCCUUAUAGGGAUAAGUCCGCCUUUGUACAUUGUAUAUAUUUAUGUUCUUUUAUUGUGUUUGUAAUCUGUCUUAUGUACAAUAAAGUGUUUACAUACUACUAAUUGAUAAACUAGAAAAAAAAACAAAGUGUUCCCGGUUUUCCAUACACAUUUACCGUUUAUGUGAAAUUGUGUCACGAAACUGCCAAAAAAAAAUUCGAAAACUAAAAAUCUAUUUUCUAUAUGUAAUUUUAUGGACUCAUCGUGAUUAAUUACUUUGUUAUUUGCUCAUUAAUAUUGUUUAAAGUGUAAUAUCGAUAGCUUAUUAUACAGUAAACUAAUGUGGUAGUGUGCAGUGAAUGGAGAAUUAAUUUUGAAGCGCGUUUAACCACCAUCUUGGAGUCAACGGCCGGUAGUCCACGUGCUUCUUGUAAAGUCUAGCUAUCGAUUUACAAGAGCUAACAAAUCACCGUACACUGUCUUGUACAACCGUACAAUUUUUGUCGUUUUUAAACCUCUUAAUACCUUGAUACUGGCGAAAUAGUCCCACUGGGCUGAAGCCAUAAUUUUAAAAGAAGAAGAAGAUGUAAUUUUAUUAUAUUAUAACAUGCGCCUUGGCUAUUGACAUAUAUAUUAUAAUUUUCCAAAUAAUUUUAAUUAACUAGUCUUAUACUUACUUAUUUUCGCUUAUGUCAGUGUCCCAAAGAAUAUUGUUAAAAAUCGUUAAACAUAAAAUACCAUUACCCAUUAUUAUUACCAUUACCUUAGUCUGAUUUUCAGUGUACAGGCAAGGUCAUAAAUAUAUAUACAUUCCCAAAGUUUCAAAAAUAUGUGUACGCUCUUACACCAUAGACAAUAAAGCCGUGUUCACAUAUUUUUGAGCCAUUUGUCUGGAUCGAUAUUUUUGCCUUCGACUGUAUGUUCCUCGCAACAUGAAUUUAUAGCUUUGCUCAUAGCCGAAUUGGAAACCUCGAUCAUUCAGCUUUUGAAAGCAAUUUUUAACUUUAUGGUGCACAAUAAUAGUACAUUACGAUACAAGUGCGAAAAAUAGGAAAUUGGCAACGAGUGGCGAUAAAUUAAAACACGACCGACGGGAGUGUUUUAACUCGACACGAGUUUCGAAUUACCUAUUCGCACAUGUAUCGUACAACGUUUUACAGUACAUAUGGCCCUUUAAGUUUUCGGCACAGUUGCGUAAUGAGCUCAUUAUAUCGCACUAUUGUGGUAAAGUAACACCAUAUGUACUGUAAAGAAUAUUUACUUAUGGCAGAGUUAAAAUAAAAUAAGUUAGUUGACUCAUAUAAAAAGUGAUGAUGAGAUUUAUUUUUAAAUUUAAAGCAGCCAACGCACGGCGUUGCAAAAAUGUAAAGGCGUAGACUCGAUUUUAUAACCCUUUUUGACAGAUGACAGUUGUCAAAUGUGUCUAAUUUAGUGACUAAAAAGA